AUGGAGGAGUGUCUGUUCCUCCUCAGAGUCUGUUCCUCCUCAGAGUCUGUUCCUCCUCAGAGUCUGUUCCUCCUCAGAGUCUGUUCCUCCUCAGAGUCUGUUCCUCCUCAGUGUCUGUUCCUCCUCAGUCUGUUCCUCCUCAGUCUGUUCCUCCUCAGUCUGUUCCUCCUCAGAGUCUGUUCCUCCUCAGUGUCUGUUCCUCCUCAGUGUCUGUUCCUCCUCAGAGUCUGUUCCUCCUCAGUCUGUUCCUCCUCAGUCUGUUCCUCCUCAGAGUCUGUUCCUCCUCAGAGUCUGUUCCUCCUCAGUGUCUGUUCCUCCUCAGAGUCUGUUCCUCCUCAGUCUGUUCCUCCUCAGAGUCUGUUCCUCCUCAGUCUGUUCCUCCUCAGAGUCUGUUCCUCCUCAGAGUCUGUUCCUCCUCAGUGUCUGUUCCUCCUCAGUCUGUUCCUCCUCAGUCUGUUCCUCCUCAGAGUCUGUUCCUCCUCAGAGUCUGUUCCUCCUCAGUGUCUGUUCCUCCUCAGAGUCUGUUCCUCCUCAGAGUCUGUUCCUCCUCAGUGUCUGUUCCUCCUCAGAGUCUGUUCCUCCUCAGUGUCUGUUCCUCCUCAGAGUCUGUUCCUCCUCAGUCUGUUCCUCCUCAGUCUGUUCCUCCUCAGAGUCUGUUCCUCCUCAGAGUCUGUUCCUCCUCAGAGUCUGUUCCUCCUCAGAGUCUGUUCCUCCUCAGAGUCUUAUGUUUUAACAUGA